UACGUGCAUAAUUGUUAAUCUCAUUUUCCCAUAUGCUAAUCACAAACUGCUUAAUGAUGAACAAAUUUCAUUUCUUUCUGGUAAUUUUUUCUUGAAUCUGGAUCUUAUUCUUCUUCUGAUCAUUCUCUUCUAGCUUUUCGUAGUUUUUAUUGAUCCCAAUCUCUGAAAGCUCAUAAUUUCAAGAAAAAAAACUAGAAAAGGGGAAGACGAUUAAGGAUGGGAUGUUCAAUUUCAAGACUGGAUAAUGAAGAGGCAGUUCAAAUGUGUAAAGACCGUAAGGCAUUCAUUAAGCAAGCUGUCGAACAAAGAUCUAAAUUCGCAAUGGGACACAUUGCAUAUAUAGAUUCAAUGACAAGAGUAUCGGCUGCACUUUAUGCUUAUGUAGAAGGAGAUGACGAUUCGCCGUCGUUGUUCACUCCGACCAAGAAAAUCAAAUUUGAAGAGUUUAAUAAAGCCAAAAACCCAUCUUUGAAGAUAAACUACAUGAUGUCAGGUGGGAACUCUGCAAUUACAGUUCAGGAACAACUUCAAUCGUCUCAAAUCGCUAAUCUUGAAAUGUGUCAUUACGGAUUUGACGGUAUCUUCACAUUGCAAACGCCGCCGCCGGCGACGGCGGCAUCAAUGGGUUCCUCUUCAUUCCUCCCUCCUCCGUCUCCUCCAAGGAAUAAACAAUGGGAUUUCUUUUGGAACCCUUUUUCCUCACUAGACUAUUACGGCUAUCUCAAUGAAACUAGUCUUGAACUUGAUCAGACAGUUCCAGAUGAUAAUGAUGUUUCUGGGUUGAAACAAGUAACAGAGGAAGAAGAAAUUAAACAGAAAGAUUCAGAUGCUGAAGAAAAACCCACAUCAGAAGUUACCGUUGAAGAAUCUAAAGAAAAACCCACUGAAGAGGAGACGACGGCAGCCAUUGAAAUCCCUAAAGAAGAAGAAAAGGAAGACAAUAUUGAUAGCAAUGAGAAACCACGAUUUACUGUUUAUGUUGAUCCAAUGCCAACAAAAGGCAUGAAUGAAAUCAUUAAGGAACUUGAAAACCAGUUCAUAAUUGUCUGUACUGAAGCCAGUAAGGUUUCAACAGCAAAUCAUCAAUCAAUACUUGACAGAUUGUAUGUUUGGGAGAAGAAACUCUACGAGGAAGUUAAGGCCGGAGAACGUGUUCGUUUAGCGUUUGAGAAAAAGAGAGCUUAUCUUAAGAGCCAAGAAGAUGAUGAUGGUCCUUUAGCUGUUAAAACAAGAUCAGCCAUGAGAGAUCUACACACCCAAAUGAAGGUUUCGUUUCAUUCCAUUGAAGCUAUUUCGAAAAGAAUCCAGGUUUUAAGAGAUGAAGAACUGCAGCCUCUGCUUAAUGAUCUUGUUCAAGGGUUAUGUAGAAUGUGGAAGACAAUGGAAGAAUGUCACAAAACACAAAAACAAAUAAUCGAUGAAGCCAAGCACUUAAUAGCAUCGGGUUGGACAACAACAAUUCCUUCAAAGUUACCAAUUAUGGCUGCGACAGCUUCUAAUUUAGAGGCAGAGCUGAGAAAUUGGCAAGCUGCAUUCAAAUCAUGGAUCACUUCACAACGAUCAUUCGUUCAUUCAUUAGCCGGCUGGCUUCUCCGAUGCAUUCGAACCGAUGAAACCUCAAAAUCGAGAUUAUCUAACGCGUUAUCUCCUCCACAACCGUCGAUAGAUGAAGCUCCUCCAAUAUUCGGUCUAUGUAUAGAAUGGUCCAGGUUUCUCAAUAAUGUUCGAGAGAUCACGGUUCUUGAUGGGAUGGAUUUUUUCGCAGCCGGAUUUGGAUCGUUCUAUGUCGAGCAUCUUAAGGAGGAAUUGGUGGUGCCGAGGCGACAAUUGAUUUCCAAUGGUGGUGGGAAGACAGAAAUGGUUAUUGAGAAUAAUCACGAAAAUAAUAAUAAUGGAAUGAGUGCGGAGAAAAUAAGGGAAAUGGGAGUUAGGGUUAUUUGUGGCGGAAUGUCGGUCGCUAUGAGCUCGUUGACGGAGUUUGCUGUCGGUUGUGCCGAAGGAUAUUGCGAUUUGGAGAGGCGACGGGUUGGGGAAAAGGAUUUUGCGGUUAAAUCGGUUUCGAUGUAAUGUUUUGUGUUGGUUUAUUGUUUUAUUCUAUGUUAUGGUUUUUGAAGGCUUACUUUAAUUCUUUAUUGUAGAUUACUAGAUUGGAUCUUAGUUUUGUCCGAAUUAUUUAUUGGGUAUAGAGAUUGUUUUUUAAUAAAGAUCUUUGUUUAUUUGUAUUUGUAACCAUUAUAAAAUUGUCCCUUUGAAUAAAAAAUUGUGUUUGAUUCUU